AUGUGCUUCUUCGUGAACAACCAGUACCGCAUACUGCUGGACCACGAGGGCGCCGGCAGCCGGGACUGGAGCCUCGGGGAGGUCUUCGAAGAGAACUUGCAGCGCAUCGGGCGGAUGGUGGCGCUCUUGGACCACUGGGACCAGCCGGCCUACCUCUCCAGGAUUUGGACCAUCUUUGAGCAGUACUCGGCGGUGGUGCUGGAAAUCGAGGUGACCUUCAUUCUGCCGCAGACCUCGGGGGACAGCCUCCUCCAGGAGAUCCGCAAGGGCGAGGAGGGCAUCUUGCAAGUCCGGGAGUCCCUGUGCAACGUGGACGCAGAGACCGCCGGGGCCUGGUGCGCGGAGGACGAGAAGAUGGUGAAGCGCCUGAUCGAGCAGACCAUAGGCUUCGAGAAGGUGAACGAGAAGGUUCAGGAGUUGAUGAUCGCCUGGGUUGCCACCAUGGUGAAGGACUACCUGGGGAACCUGGUGGUCAUGGGCACGCGCCGGCUUCAGCGUCUCAAAGCCCAGAGCUUUUUGAGCGCCAACGCCACCGAGUGGACCCACAAGCGCCUUGAGCGACGGGUGGCUUCUGGGUGGCUCCUUGCUGGUUGUGGUGGUUGCUAG